AUGUCUUUUGUCAUUCCGGCACACAUGCCCCCACCGUCCGCCUCGGGGUCUGACUCGUCAGACUCCGAGUCCGACGCCGGCGCAUCCGACUGGGCCUCGUCCCUCGGCGACGCCCGCCGUUCCACUUCCCUCUUUGACAGCUCCGUCCACCCUUCGCCAGAGCUUGCCCUUGCGGCCGACAAGGCUGCCCACGGCUUUGACCUCAAGGCCACUUCGGAGCGUCUCGGAUUGGAUAUCUACGGUCGUAUGCGUCUCAUCAACUUGAUCCGCAAGGAGAAGCUGUCGGCCAAGGAUGUCGAGGGUGUGAACAAGGAUGACGAGAGGCUCAAGGACGACGCGCUGCUUGUCCCCGUCCUCGCCGACGACCCUUUGCUUCAGCUCGACUUUGACGACGACUGGUCGGACGACGAGGACGAAGCUGGACCUUCGGACAAGGCCGUCGCCCAGACCCCCGCUGCGGCUGCUGCGGCCUCGUCCAGCGAGAGCGCCGAGCUCGAGAAGCUGCGCGCCGAGGUCCAGGCCCUCCGUGCCGUUGUCGAGCGCAACUUUGGCGGCGAUGACGAGGACAACGGCAAGGGCAAGGAGCGUGACGACGACACCCACUACUUUGAGUCGUACGCCGAGAACGACAUCCACGAGAUCAUGCUCAAGGACACUACGCGUACCGUCUCGUACGCGCGUUUCAUCAUGAGCAACCCCACUGUCUUCCGCGACUCGAUUGUGAUGGACGUCGGUGCCGGUACCGGUAUCCUCUCGAUGCUCGCCGCCCGUGCCGGUGCCAAGAAGGUGUACGCUAUCGAGGCUUCGGGCCUUGCUAGCAAGACUCGUGACAACAUCCGUGCCAACGGCCUCGAGGAUGUCAUCACUGUGAUCCAGGGCAAGGUUGAGGACAUUGUCCUUCCCGCCGACCUCAAGGUCGACGUCAUCAUCUCAGAGUGGAUGGGAUACAUGCUCCUCUACGAGUCCAUGCUGGACUCGGUUCUCUACGCGCGCGACAAGUACCUCGCUCCCGGCGGCCUGAUGGCUCCCUCGCAGACCCGUCUUGUCAUCUCAGCAAUCACGGCUGAUGGCCUUUACCGUGACCACGUCGACUUUUGGAAGGACGUGUACGGCUUUGACAUGUUCGGCGCCAUGACCUCGCCCUACUUUGGUGACGGUCUCGUCGAGAUUGUCGACAAGGAGGAGGUUGUUACGAGCGAGUACAUUGUCCGCGACAUCAACUCGCACGACGCCACCCCUGCCUCGCUCGACUUCCACUCCGAGUUCAGCAUUGCCUGCACCACCACCGAGCCCACCACCGUCCGUGCCUUCCUCACCCACUUUGACACCUUCUUCUCGCCUCUUGGCGGUGCCAAGGCAUCGCACGUCUCUGCUUCGCAGGACGUCCACAUCCACGAGUUUGCCCACGACCUCUUCAAGACCGCCGUUGCCCCGCUCAACGAUGCCGAGGCCAAUGCCGUGUCGUUUACUACGGGUCCCCGCGGCCAGCCCACCCACUGGAAGCAGGUCGCCUUCCUGUUGCGCAAGCCCCUCGAGCUGAAGCCCGGCCAGAGCAUCCAGGGCCGCUUCUUCUGCCGCAAGGAUGUCGACAACUCGCGUGAACUCGAUGCCGAGAUUCACUUUGCCGUCGUCGAGGCUGGUGCCAAGCCCGCCGAGUUUACCGUCCAGGCCUACAAGGUCCGCUAG